UCUCUGAUCAGAAUGUGCUGAAUGUGUUGCGAGGGUUAGAUUCUGAUUUUUGGUUGCUGUGUGCGAUUGUCGCAUCAUUCAAUCGUCGAGGCGUAGCUCAAUGUGGACGGGAACUUGUGCAUUCUCUGCCCUGUUACAUUAGUUUUGAUAGAAUUGGGUGGGCUUGGAAGUAUUGGUUGUGGAAGAUUUGCAGUUAUGGCGGUCGGAAUGCGCUCUUUGGCUUCGAGUGUGGGCCUUCUUCGUCGCGUGGCUUCGUUCUCGCGCUCCUCUCGCAUUGUGUAUUCCAAUUCGGUUCGCAAGUCUCGGGAUGUAGACUUUGCCCUGCCCCGCCAGUUGAAACCUUCCGGCUAUUUCGCGUUGUUGGGUCAAGUGCGGGAGUAUCAUAGCGAAGAGAUAUCUAGCUCUUCAUUGAGGCAGGUAUCUUCCGCUGCGAUUGCGGGAGAGUACGCUAUCCGGAACGAGCCUAGGCAUGAUUGGACGCGUGACGAGAUUCAGGCCAUCUACGAGUCGCCAUUGAUGGAUCUUCUGCUCUACGGGGCUCAAGUUCACAAGCACACACAUAAAUGGAGGGAAGUGCAGCAGUGCACAUUACUUUCCAUAAAAACGGGCGGAUGCUCCGAAGACUGUUCCUACUGUCCUCAAUCUUCUCGGUACGACACUGGUGUGAAGGCACAAAAGCUGCUCUCUGAAGAUAUCGUUUUGGAUGCUGCGAAGAAGGCUAAGGAGGCAGGGAGCUCAAGGUUUUGCAUGGGUGCUGCUUGGAGGGACACUGUUGGAAGGAAAACCAACUUCAAUCAGAUCCUAGAGUAUGUUAAAGAGAUUAGGGGCAUGGGGAUGGAGGUAUGCUGCACAUUAGGCAUGUUGGAACAGAAGCAGGCAGAACAACUCAAGGCUGCUGGGCUUACCGCUUAUAACCACAAUCUGGAUACAUCUCGGGAAUACUAUCCGAAUAUUAUCACCACACGAUCAUAUGACGAACGACUGAAAACACUUGAACUCGUUCGGGACGCUGGGAUCAGUGUGUGCUCAGGAGGUAUAAUCGGACUUGGUGAAGCUGAGGAAGAUCGAGUGGGGCUGCUACACACUUUGGCCACCCUGCCCGAACACCCUGAAAGUGUGCCCAUAAACGCGCUCCUUGCGGUCAAGGGUACCCCCCUCGAGAACCAAAAGCCCGUAGAGGUUUGGGAGAUGGUGAGAAUGAUCGCAACGGCUCGCAUUGUUAUGCCGAAAGCAAUGGUGCGAUUGUCAGCUGGCCGUGUGCGCUUCUCCCAACCAGAGCAGGCGCUGUGCUUCAUGGCAGGAGCCAAUUCAAUUUUCACGGGUGAGAAGUUGUUAACGACACCAAACAAUGAUAAAGAUGCAGACCAGCAGAUGUUUCAGACCCUUGGUCUUAUCUCCAAGCCCCCCAAUUUCAAUCAAGGGCAUGAUGUACAUGAAAGGAUUGAAGAGGCAGCUGUCGCGUAAGAACCGUUCUAUACUUUCAUCAAUAACUGGAUGUUGAAACAGUUCACUUAGUUACAGAUGCGAGUUUGAUCAAUGAUCACAACUUCUUUGAUCAGUCGUUUCGCUUGUAAGCAAUUUUGUCUACUCAGUUUAGAACAAGUUUACUUAGGUUAGUCUUUUCAUUAGACAAUUAAUUUCGUGACACUUCUUUAGAAAGGUUGUAUCGUGACUUUGACUGAUGAAGGAUAAGUUUAAUGACAAUAUGCAUCUUUACACCAUU